GCGCUGCCGCUGCCCGGAGCGGCGCUGCUGGCGGCCGCGGCGCUGCUGGCGGCCGCCCUCGUGCUGAUCUGUGCGAUUGCUCACGUCACUGCCGUAAAAAUGCCAGCCUUCCAGCGGCACCAAGAGGAGAAGUUCUUCGUGACCGCCGCCGGGAAGGAGCCCGUGCCCAGUAUCUACGAUCCYGCCGCGAGGGAGCUCUCCGUCGUUGUGCCUUCCUACAACGAGGAAGACCGGUUGCCUCUUAUGAUGGAUGAAGCUCUGGAUUACCUAGAGAAAAGACAGAAACAAGAUCCUUCAUUCACUUAUGAAGUUAUAGUGGUUGACGAUGGUAGUAAAGAUCAAACCAAGGAGGUUGCGCUGAAGUACAGCAAGAAAUAUGGAAGYGACAAAGUGCGAGUGCUUCCUUUGGUAAAAAAUCGAGGGAAAGGAGGAGCAGUCAGGAUGGGUGUGUUUAGUUCCCGGGGGGAAAAAAUUCUUAUGGCUGAUGCAGAUGGAGCUACAAAAUUUCCAGAUAUCGAAAAAGUAGAAGAAGGUCUAAAAAAUCUUCAGCCAUGGCCCAAUGGGAUGGCUAUUUCCUGCGGCUCUAGAGCUCAUCUGGAGAAGGACUCAAUAGCAAAGCGCUCUUACUUCCGAACUCUUCUUAUGUAUGGGUUCCAUUUCCUCGUAUGGUUUCUCUGUGUCAAAGAGAUCAGGGACACACAGUGCGGAUUCAAACUUUUAACCAGAAAAGCUGCAGAAAAGACUUUUACUGCUCUUCAUAUAGAACGCUGGGCAUUUGAUGUGGAACUUCUUUAUAUAGCUCAGCGCUUGAAAAUACCUAUAGCAGAAGUUGCUGUCAACUGGACUGAAAUUGAAGGUUCUAAGCUGGUUCCCUUUUGGAGCUGGCUGCAGAUGGGCAGGGAUCUUCUUUUUAUACGACUGCGAUAUAUGACCGGUGCCUGGAAGCUUGAAACAAGAAAAUAUAAUUAGGUUAUUUGCAUUCUCCAAAUGUAUCAUUAUACUUAAUGGAACAUGAGAACAAUUUCAAUGAAGCAAAAUGGUGAUGAAAGCUGAGGUAAUUCUUCAUUGCUCCUGCUGUAYGUUCAUUCCUGCAACAUGCAUAUGUGUUAUAAGACUGUUAGUGGGGAACUUGUUUAGGAAAGAGAAAGCCUUUCUCAGAAGGCUUUUAUUUGGUAAUCAGGGGAUCUUACACAAAUUCACUCACAUAAAUAAAUACAUCUGCUUUUCUCUCAUCAUAUGUUCAGAAUUCUUGCUGGUAAAAUUUGUACAUGUUGAAAAGAAGCACUGUAUAUUCUACAGGGUGCAAUAUUCUGUCUGUUGUAAAUGGCCACAACCAUUUGUUUCUGUAGUAUAUGGAAAUUUACAGCCAUAUUACAAGUUGUAAUGAUCAAUCAUGCUUCAUGCUGUUACAUAUUUAGAUUCAAUGUUAUGGGAAAUACUAAUGGGUUUUACAUUAUUAUAAAAAUAAUGCUCAUAAGACUGUUCUAAGAACUUUCAGUGGUCUCUUGACAUUCCAAAUGUUCUUGUCUGAAGCCGAAAUAGUUUGUCUGAGAUCAAACUUUAGAUUGUCUCCACUGACUGUGGAAGUUCCAAGAGAAAGCACAUUUCAUUUUAAAAUGUUGUCUUUUAUAAAUAGAUCUGUUUCUUACAUCCUAAUGAAUACUGUAUGUUCAAGGCWAGGAGGCCUUGGCAUCUCAAAAUCUGUAGUAAAAAGGGCAUGGAAAAGUAAUUCAGAGCAUGCAAAAAUGAGACUCAGUGUACAUUGGG